AUGGGUAACUACGUUUCCUGCACCUUAACCAAACACUCAAAGGGCACUAAGGUAAUUUACCUCAAUGGCGAAAUCCGCAGAGUCCAGCAACCAAUCAAAGCCGCCGAGCUGAUGUUGGAAUCGCCCAACACAUUCCUCGUGAACUCCAAGUCGCUCCGCAUCGGAGCUCGCUUCUCCGCCCUCAAUGCCGACGAAGAUCUGGAGAUCGCCUCCGUCUACGUCAUGUUUCCUAUGAACAGGCUCAACACCGUCGUCGCCACCGCUGAUUUGGGGGCUCUUUUCCUUGCUGUUAAAUCUGGUGCUAAGAAAAUCGGAAACGUCAGGAUCCAGCCGGAAAAUGCUCCUACGCCGCCCAGGUUGAGCUUGGAGAACAUAGAAGAGUUGUCUUCGCCGGAGUUUAAGCAUAUGAUCUCAAUGUGUAGAUCAAAGAAGCCGUUGUUGGAGACGAUUGCUGAAGAACCGAUUUCUUCCAGAUGA